CCAUGUAAAAAAUCCACGAACUCACUGUGAUCUCCUCGUUCAUGCGCUCGCUAUGAUGUGUGCAUUUGGAUACCAUAUCUAUCAUCAACAGAGCUUACUGAAGCAGUUGUAUAAGGUUUAAUUUAUUUUCCCUGCUUGGAUACUACUCACUAGAGCGUUGGAUAUGUGCACGCGGGAUGAUGAAAACCCCUUUCCUCCCCGCAGAAGUAAGAUAAAAUAGGGUUUCGCAUACAUUGGAUUUACUCGUCUCAUUCCAUAUGAAGAAGCCAAAAAUUUGGAUACGCGUGUGUGUCCAUUUAUUGCUGUGCAUCAUCACACUUGUCCAAUCAAGUGAAUUUGGAAACGCUGUAACAGAUGACAUCACAAGCAUUUCACUAUUGAAACAAAAUAUACCUAAAGAUUACAAAAUUCCUGUGUCUUAUAUUCCUGAAGACGUGGGUGGAAUGUGUUGGGUAACACUAAACGUUUUUCGUUUGGAAGUCAGUUUACAAGGAUUAGCAGAAAAGUUUGGAAACAUUUCAUCCAACAAAUAUAAUAUCAGCAUAUUGAUCGAAAUGCUGAAAGAAACACGAUAUCACAUCAAGAACUUGGAGGCAGUCAUGAAUGAUUUUGAGUGCCACUACAGAGACGAUCAAUGGCAGACAGGACGCUAUUUUCAUUUUGUUGAAAAUAUUCUAAAAACAGCUCGUUCUAAUAGAAAUUCACCAGAGGAAUGUGAUCCACCUCCCUGUCCCACAACAGCACCAACAACGACACCACUACCAUACCCUUCAUCAGAACCAGUCAACUAUCCUACCAAAUGUGACAUCGCAGAAAAAAGCUGCAGUACUCGGACAGAGUCUCUGGUCUCGCCUGAGGUACUGGGGAAAAGCCUCUUGUCACUACUUGUCAUUCCUAUUGUAGCAAUCGUGUUUCUGUUUGUGUGGAAGGUGAAAUCCCGGAGGAACAAAGAUAAACCAGAUGAAAAUAAUUCUGUGGAAGGAGGCCUCUUCACAGGAAUUGAAGGGAAUGUGGUACCUCCACUAGAAGAAACAUCUGAAAAGAACAGAUUGAACAUCAUUGAGACGGUGUAAAUCUUCAAUCCUUGGAAAUAGGUAUACAUAGGCGCUUCGGAGAAAGAGCAACCAAACAAAAGCAAACGUAAAAAACAGAAUUUCUUACGAAUAUUUCUGAGAUGAAAGACUUCAUUCCUGCCCAGAAACUGUCAGUGCUCACAUAAGAGAACCAGAGAAUGGCAUUGCAUGGACCAAAUGGAUGUCUACUCUGUUGUAUCACACCUGCUAUGAGGUGGGGAAAGCUUGAUUUCUUCGUACAUUAAUAUAUUAAUCCAUCGUCUACUAUAACAUUUUCGUCAAGGGAAGCUAAAAGAAGAGUAACAUCACCGUGGAAACAUCUGGAGGCACUAAAAAUUAUUGAAAUAUGACAAAAACACAGUGAACGGGAAAAAGCCUUCCCCCAUAAGAACAUUGUGUGGGUUUGGCUGGAGGUCUAUUACUGAAGAAUGGGGCAGAGAAAACCUCCUACAAAUGGCUUUCUAAAGCAUAAAGGACUACCUCUAGUCGCCCUUACUUAACUCACCUUUUUCUCAGCAGCAUUCCACUCCCUGAGAACAAAUGUUCAAAUUAGUUAGCUAGAAAUAUUAACGGAUCUAACCAUCUGUUUUGUUUAUGUUUUUGGCCAUGUGUGAUGUAUUUAUUUAUUUACUCGAAAUGCUGAUAGCAGCUUAUUGCUGCGGUUGUGGGAAAAAAAGAAAAUUAAUCAGCUUAUCUAAACCCACCAUAGCAAUAUUUACUCAGUGUUUUUAUUUUCAAUAUUCAACCUUAUUUUCAAUAAGCAGGCCUGUGACCAGUAAUAUAAUUUCUGAGUUCGUUUCACCAUUGGAAAAAUAAUUACUGUGUAAAUACUGCAAUGCAGGUUUGAUUGAAUGGAGCCCCAAAUGACUACAGGCACAUUAUAAGGACUACAUAACCCAUACUUCUGCCAUGCAUAAAGCCUACACAAGCAGCACACAAGCAUGUAUGAACAUGUGUUAUGUAGUAUAUUCUUAAGAGAAACAUGGAGCUAUUUACACACACAUACAUGGUGUUGUUUAUGAAAGGGUCCUAGGAAAGGCAUUUGUUGGAGGUGUGGAUGAACACAGAUGUGCUGCUUUGACUAACUUCCAUUUAACUCACUGUACACAGUAACAAAUUAUGUUUUAGAUCAAGUGUAGAUCUUACAUAUCCAUACUGACAGAAAUUAACAUUUAAGGGUUUAAUAACUUAAGGUCUGUCUAUGCCUUCAAUGCACAGCAAUGAGGUGGUCUAGCCUAAAGUGAACCGAUAUGGUAUCAGAUUCAGAUUCUGGAGAUUGAGGUUCACCAGAUGAGCAGCAGUUACAGAGGUACCUACACUUCAGCAUGGCAGCCUAACCAGCCAUAAUGCAUUUUCUGUGUAUUGCACAUAUACAGCAUUGUUACAGUUGCACUCAAGUUCAACUUUUUGAAAAGCCAAAUUCAGCUAAAACAUCUGUUUUGGUGGUAACAAUAAGAUUUGAAAGUGUUCCACAUACACCAAAUCCCAGAAUAUAAGGUUUUUAAAUUACUAGUAUAUUUAUACAUUUUGAAAAGUGGUAUAAUCUGUGAGGUGAAUAUUUAGCUCCUUAUCCAGAAGGAACCCAACUAUUAUAUGAAUUAAGAGUAUGUAGGAAAACAGCAGCAUAUUUGCACAAUUUGGUUGCUAUCUUACAUGUUGAAUAAAACUGCUCGAUACACAGUUGUGCAAAUGCAGAAAUGCAAGCCCUCAAAUAGGCAUACACUCCUAUUGUUGACAGACGUUAUGAAGAACUUAACCUUUUGUAUUAAGUUUGAUGCUCGACCAUAUGUAGUACUUUUACCAAUACACGCAUUCCCUCACUUGUGGUGUUUUCAACGCUGCUACCUGGAUUUGUGCCUUGUUUGGAUUCAUGCUGUGCGACUCCAACAUCAAUACAGGGGAUCCAUUCAAAAAUCCCAAUAUGCUGUUUAUUCAAGAUCACUUGGAAGAUUGUAUAAUACCCAGUAUUUUGUGUAUGACUUUUCACCAAUCCAGCAAGAGACAACCAAACAAUGGAGGUACACAGUUGACUAAAAAAGCCAGUCCACAAACAUAUCUCAUUGAUAGGUGCUGGUUGUCUCUGUGGCCGCGGACCAAAGAGAUGAAACAGUCUCCUAAAAGGUGUUGCAGACUAUAAGAUAAGCAUGUUGUUGCUAGUUGUAAUAAUCUCCCUAUGAUGGAAGUGACCUGUUACUUCUAUAUUCUUUACAGCCCCUUUAUGUUGAUCUGUUACCCUUCUUGCAAUACACAAUUCCAAGUCUAAUUGGAAGCCAUUUUAAAUAUCCAUAAGUCUAAUUAAUAAUUAACACAUUAGUCAGAGCAAUAGUCUUCUUUAUUUGAACAAUAAUAAUCCACAACAUCAAACUCUUACAUAGAAAUUCUACACUAAACAAAUAUCUUAAAGUUUCAAGUCUGUCAUUGAUUCAAAUCCUCCAAAGCAAUCUUUACAAGGUGUCUUUAUUUUAAAUACGCAAAAACACUUAAUUCUGAAAGUAAAAUCUUCCCUGUAAGAAGGUCACCCUUGUAGUAGUUGUAGGUUUUCAUACGGUUCACCAGUAUGAGUUACUUCGAGCAUUGGGAAAUAGCUACUGUGUAAAUACGGCCAUGUAGAUUUGAUUGAAUUGAGCUCUAAAUUGCAUAUAUUAAAAAGAAAUCUGUAUGCUUGUACAGUUUAACUGUUGUACUUCUGUUGGAAACAAUUCUAUUGGCGAAACCUAUUUAUUUGAUUCAGUGUAUUUGGGGAAUUCAGCUAUUGGACUUUUCUGUUAGAAGAGUGUUAUCGUAACAUGAAUGGAGUGUAUGUUAAAAAAUACCACAUUGGUGUUCUUAUAGUUCUGGACAAAAGUGACAGUGACAGCAUGAGUAGCUGAAAAUGCUUGUUAUGAUUAAGUGUUGUUUUGUUGUUCCUUCCCCCAAAUGAAUUAUGUUAUACACAAAAAGCAUUGUGAUACAUUAAAACAAUAGCCACAACAACAAAAAAACAACAUAUGUAAGCUUUUCAAGAUUAAACUCCAGAAGUUUUG